UCCAGCCCUGGAAAAAUACCACAAAAUCUAGCAUCUCUCUAAAAACGAAAACAUAAACGCUUACCAGGGCAUUAUAUUAAAUUAAAAUAAAAUAAAUCUUUCCAAACUUGGGUCCUUGGCAAUUCCGCGUACACGAGUGUGGCCAAAUAAUUACACGACAUUUACGGAUAUCGCGGUAACUUAAAACACACCAAAAAGAAAAAGAUUUGAAUUUUCUAGAAAAAAAAGCUUUAAAAUGCCACCUGGAACACAAAUUGCCAGCGACAGCGACAUGGAGACCGCUCUGGAGGAGUUCAAGCAGCGCCAGGGCCGCCGCAACAGCAUCGGCUCGGCCAAGUACGCGUGCAGCAUGCCCAAUUGCGAGGCCAGCUUCAAGCGGCUGGACCAAUUGGACCGCCAUGAAUAUCAUCACACAGGGAUUAAGAAGCACGCCUGCUCGUACGAGGGCUGCGACAAGACCUACUCGAUUGUGACGCACUUGAAGAGGCAUCUGCGCAGCACCCACGAGCGUCCGGAGUCGGCGGCCAAGAAGACGGUGAAGUGCGCGCUGGAGGAGUGCAGCAAGAUGUUCAUCUCGGUCAGCAACAUGACCCGCCACAUGCGCGAGACCCACGAGAGCCCAAAGGUCUAUCCGUGCAGCCAGUGCAGUGCCAAAUUCUCGCAGAAGCUCAAGCUGAAGCGCCACGAGAUCAGGGAGCACACGCUGGAGUAUCCCUUCAGCUGCUCGAAGUGCUCGCGCGGCUUCUACCAGCAGUGGCAGUGCCAGAGUCACGAGCCCAGUUGCAAGCUGUACCAGUGUCCCGGCUGCCCGCUGCAGUUCGACAAAUGGACGUUGUAUACGAAGCAUUGUCGCGACUCGUUGCACGGUAAGAAUCGCCAUAAGUGCGACCGCUGCGAGAGCGCCUUCGACAAGCCGAGCGAACUGAAGCGUCACCUGGAGGUGAAGCACAAGGAGGCGUCGCAGGCGGAUGAGGGCGCCACCUCCUUCACCUGCAACGAGGAGGGAUGCGGCAAGAGCUACUCGUACCUCAGGAAUCUCCGCCAGCACAUGCUCACCGCCCACUCGGGCAGGCGUUUCGAGUGCCAGGCCUUGGACUGCGGCAGCUGUUUCAGCAGUGCGCAGAAUCUGACGAGACAUCUGCUCAGGGAUCACAAAGAUGGUGAGACGAAGAAGGAAUUGAAAGCCAAGAAGAAGGACAAGGGUAAGAAUGGAGAAGAGGGCAAACCUAAGUCCACCUCCCGCAAGCGACGACGCGAUGCUGGACGCAGCAAACACUCGAGGCUAUCCAAACUGGCAUGCCUGCAACUGGACAAGGAAGAUGAUGAGGCGGUGCGCGAGCGACAGCCUUUGGUCCUCGAAAAGAUCACCCAGUCGCUGAAGGAUGACCCCGUCGAGGAGCUGCUGGCACAGGCCCUGCACGAUGAAGAUGACAUGGAGCAGGAGUAGCGCAAAAGGCCAUUCAAAAGGGAAGCGAGUGAGAAGGUCUGGUCAGAAACUAGUGAAUAAUCAUACAAAUAACGAAUAUUAGCUACAAGAGGCUAACCAUUGAAUGACUACCUUAAUGCUAAAAAACAGGUGAAUUUAAACCACAAAUUCUAAAAGACUAAAUACUUAGGAUUUGCGGUCAGAAACAUCAGAAAUUGCAUUAAAAUACAUGUAACUACGCACUGAAUGUGUGUUAAAUAAAUUAGUAAGCUACUACUAGUUGUAUUCGCCUGGAGCGAAUUAACUUAUUUACUUUAAGCUUCCAGUUGCAUACAUUCCCUGACUUCAACUAGAGUUUCGAAACUCUCGGGCGUCCAGACAGAAAACCAAUAAUAUCCAUUGUAUAAAAUAACAUCUCCAAUAAACUCCUCUAAGUAAAAAUAAAAAACAAAUAGAACCUCUGA